AUGGAGUCACACGCCGUUCCUAGCGAGCAGCCCGCGUACAAGCCGCUGCCAUCCACCGCCAACGAGGACGCCCAUGAGCACCAGGGCGGCGGCGUGAGGUGGCGCGCGUGCGCUGCCGUGCUGGCGGCCUCGGCCGUGGUGCUCGUCGCCGCCACCACGCUAGGAAGAGGAGCCAGGGUGGACGAGGCGGCCGACGAGGACGCCGGCGGGUUCCCGUGGAGCAACGAGAUGCUGCAGUGGCAGCGAGCCGCGUUCCAUUUCCAGCCGGAGAAGAACUUCAUGAGCGAUCCCAACGGUCUGGUAUACUACCGUGGAUGGUACCACCUGUUCUACCAGUACAACCCGAAGGGCAUCGCCUGGGCCUUUGGCAUUUUGUGGGGCCAUGCCGCGUCCCGAGACCUUGUCCACUGGCGCCAACUCCCAUUGGCUGUGCUUCCUGACCAGUGGUAUGACAUUCAAGGUGUCUUGUCAGGCAGCAUCACUGUGCUUCCUAACGGCACGCUCAUCAUGCUCUACACUGGUGCCACCAAUGUCUCCACCGUCGAGGUCCAGUGUGUUGCCGUGCCCGAAGACCCAAACGACCCCCUCCUCCGUCGCUGGACCAAGCACCCCGCUAACCCCGUCCUCUCCUCGCCACCGUGGAUCAGCACCAACGACUUCCGAGACCCCACCUCCGCGUGGUAUGAUGGCUCUGAUCACACAUGGCGCACCGUCCUCGGGUCCAAGGAUGAUCACAAUGGUCACCAUGCCGGCAUCGCCUUCAUGUACAAGACUAAGGACUUCCUUCACUACGAGCUCGUCCCGGGCAUCUUGCACCGUGUCGAGAACACCGGCGAGUGGGAGUGCAUCGACUUCUACCCGGUCGGUGGCGGCGACAACUCAUCAGAAGUGUUGUACGUCCUGAAGGCGAGCAUGGACGAUGAACGACAUGACUACUACUCACUGGGGAGGUUCGACGCGGUGGCAAACACGUGGACGCCAGUGGACCCUGAGGCUGACUUGGGGAUCGGGCUGAGGUACGACUGGGGCAAGCUUUAUGCAUCCAGCUCAUUCUAUGAUCCGGUGAAGCGGCGGCGCAUUAUGAUGGGUUAUGUCGGUGAGGUCGACUCCGCACAGGCCGACGUCGCCAAAGGAUGGGCCUCAAUCCAGUCAGUUCCAAGGACGGUGGCUCUGGAUGAGAAAACCAGGACAAACCUCCUCUUAUGGCCUGUGGAGGAGAUCGAGACCCUUCGCCUCAAUGCCACCGAACUAAGCGACAUCACCAUCGAAACUGGCUCUGUCUUCCAUGUCCCUCUCCGCCAAGCUGAUCAACUUGACAUCGAGGCCUCCUUCCGCCUCGACGCUUCUGCUAUCACUGCCCUCAAUGAGGCUGACAUCGGCUACAACUGCAGCAGCAGCGGUGGUGCUGCCUCCCGCGGUGCGCUUGGCCCCUUUGGCCUCAUCGUCCUCGCAUCCAGCGACCGUUGUGGUGAGCAGACGGCGGUGUAUUUCUAUGUGUCCAGGGGCCUCGACGGGGCCCUUCAGACCAGUUUUUGCCAAGACGAGUCACGUUCUUCACGAGCCAGGGACGUGACGAAGCGGGUGGUGGGAAGCACGGUACCAGUGCUAGAUGGUGAGGCUUUGUCGAUCAGGGUGCUUGUGGACCACUCCAUUGUGCAGAGCUUUGCGAUGGGCGGGAGGUGCACAGUGACAUCACGGGUGUAUCCGAUGGAGGCGAUCUAUGAGGCAGCAGGGGUGUACCUGUUCAACAAUGCCACCAACAGCAGUGUGAUGGCGGAAAGACUUGUCGUGCACGAGAUGGACUCCGCACCCAACGAGAUCAUCACGGAUGAUAAAUAUUUGCAUUUUGAAUGA